CACGUGCAACAUCUGCAGCUGCCAGCAGCAAAAAAGGAAAGCUAUAUAUUUCUGUUGUGUAAAUCAUCACAUUCAAAAUGAAGCUGCAUAUUCUAUCAGUGUUUUACAUUUUUGCCUUGAUACUUCUCCUCUCUUACAAGGCACAGGCACAUCGUUAUAUUAUUGAUGAUGAAGAAGAAGAGGGUGGUGAAAUAAGUCUGAUUAAUGACAAAGAAGUCACUAAAAUGCUGAAAGAGCUUAAGAAAUACCGUAGUCAAGACAAACAACAGAAACAAAUUAAUCAGCUGAAGCAGUUGGCAAGAGAAUUGCAGAAACAAGUUGUAUUGCUCCAUAAUAAACUGCAUGAAUGCAGCAGUGAAGAAAAAGAAAGGACUGAACAAGAAGACACAUCAGCCAAUAAAACAUCAAUCAGACACAGAAGGAGCAUCCCGAAUUCUGCUGGUACUAAUGGUGGUGCCACCUACAUCCGUUGGGGAAGAAGCACCUGUCCACAAGGAGCUGAACUGGUGUAUAAUGGAGUUGGUGCGGGAUCCCACUACACCCACAGUGGGGGAGGCAGCGACUACCUGUGUGUUCCUCAUGACCCUGAAUGGGGGGUUACCACAGACGGGUUCCAAUCUAACUCCUUUCUCUAUGGAGUAGAGUACGAAAUACAAGCCAACAACCCCUUCCUCACUCACAACACUCCAAAGCUGACAACAGUGCAUGACCAGAGUCCACGUUGUGCUGUCUGUCGCAUCCCUUCAAGGUCCAGCCAGGUCAUGAUUCCAGCCAAAAUGACCUGUCCAGCUAGCUGGACAAAGGAGUACGAUGGCUAUCUUAUGUCCUCCCAUAACAAACAUCAGAAAUCUCAGUUUGUUUGUGUGGACAAGGCCCCAGAGGUAAUGGACGGGGGAGAUGGCGACCAAAAUGGUGCUUUAUUUUACAUAGUGGAAGCACAGUGCGGGUCACUGCCUUGUCCUAGUUAUCUAUCUGGGAAAGAAAUAACCUGUGUUGUAUGUUCCAAGUAAACUAUCUCAGAUUCUAGUCACUGUGAAAAACAUUUCUGUUAUUCUAUUAGUGUGUGUGUGUGUGUGUGAGUGUGUGUAUGUGUGUAUUUCUCAAGUUUUAGAAUAUUAGAAUCUGCAAAUAUUCAAGAUCAAAGGCCGACAAAUGCUACAAACAGUACCAGUAAUAAUGCCAAUUAAGUAAUUUUUUUCUCAAUAAACUUAAUUUGGAAUGUUCAAGCAGAAGACAUUUCAUUGCAAGCCGCUUGUCCUUCAGUUGGUGUCUUGUCUGUUCACAGUAUUCUUUUUGUUUCAUACUUUUUUAAUUGUUUCACUGAAAAAAAAUGAAUUAUUAUAAAUUUAGCUGUUAUUGUUUA